CGCUGCUCCCCGCGCCUCCCUGCGCUCCUCCACACACACUUCCAGCAGCGCACAGUCUGUCCGCACAACUGUGUUAUUCAGACGCACAUACUCCGCGUCCCGUUCCUCGAAACUCGCCACCAUGAGCGCCAUGGCUUCAGAUAACACCUUUUUCUCCGCUUUACAGCCGAACACCACGGUCACCACCUACGGGCUGCCGUCCGAGAUACAGCUCGGGAACGGGAGCUCCGUAUCGGACGCGGUGGCCAGAGAGCGGCGCGUCCAGCAGCAGGUCCAGAUGAGAAUGGCGGAGAAGUCCACACUUCCGCGUCAGAACGGAUCAGCCUCACACUACGCCAUGUCAGACUACGGUGGCUCUUCGACCAUGAAGUUCAACACCAUUCAACCAACAGGUUAUAGCUCCAAAUCAUCCUACAUGUACUCAGGCUCCAGGACAAUGGGUCCACGUAUCUCCACCCAGAGGUCGGGCUUCAGCUGCCGAUCUGCUGGUCCAGAAAUGGCCCAGUUCCACAAGAUCAGUGUCGGCGGUGGAGGGAUGGGUGGGGGUGGUGGGGGUGGCAGCGGUAUUUAUCGAGAAGACAUACGUUUAGGAGGCUACCAAGGGGGCAUGAGACAGCAGAGCCGCAUAGAAACGGAGCCCCUCUCCAUGAGCGCUGUGAGGCAGCACACCAUGCAGGCGAACCCCUGGAUGAUGGAUAGCAGCGAUGCCGGCAGCAUGAUCUCCGACCGGGACGCCACCUACGCUCACCAGUACGCUCAGAGCGCGGUCAAUGGCUACACUAGCCAGGUGAGUCAAGGAGGAGGCAGCAUGAACUUUCCAGCACCCAUGCGCCGAUCUCUUAGUGGCACUCUCUCCCGCGGCGGAGGGAUGACAGGAGGAGAGGUGGAGAUGGUCCAGCAGCAACAUUCCUUCAAAGGCCCCGCCCACCGCACCAUCAGCAGGAUUACAAACCGAAACCGGAUGAGCAUGGGCUCCAUGUCCGGCGGGACCAUGUCCGGUGGGACCAUGAUAUCCUCAAGUGGAAGCAUGUAUGGUGGAGGGAUGGACAAAGUGGACAGAGGGUUCGUGACUGGGGUGGCCUCUGCCUCCCAGGGGAACCUGAUGCAGCGUCAGGGCACCCUGUCCCGCGCCAUGUCAGUCAAGAGCAUGCAGAGUGUGGGAAGAGGCAUGGACAUCUUCAAUGGGCAGAUGGAGGGCAGCAUGGGCAACCUCAGCGGGAUCAUGUCCUUGGACAUGCCAUCAGCAGUGCAGAACCUGAAAGAGUCCGACCCGGAGCUGCAGGUCCUGGGCGCCGCCUACAUUCAACAUGAGUGUUACAAUGACAGCGGCGCCAAAAACGAGGUACGUGACUUAAAGGGCAUCAGUGAGCUGGUGAAGCUGUUCAACAGUGACAACCAAGAAGUGCAGCGCUUUGCCACCGGUGCCACACGCAACAUCAUCUAUGAGAACAUGGAAAACAAGACGGCCCUGAUCGAGGAGGGCGGCAUCCCACAGCUGGUGGAGGCGCUGAAGGAGCCCGAUGAUGAGCUUCGCAAAAACAUCACAGGUAUCUUCUGGAACCUUUCAUCCAAAGACAACCUGAAGCAGAAACUGGCCAGGGAGACCCUUACUGAUCUGACCGACAAGAUCCUCAUCCCUCUGUCAGGUGGCGGCGGAGAUACUAACGAAGUCCAGCAAACGCCCUCUGAGGCAGAGAUCUUCUAUAACACCACCGGAUGCCUCAGGAAUCUGAGCUCUGUGAACGAAAAGACCCGUCAGCAGAUGAGAGAAACUGAUGGACUGGUGAACUCUUUGGUGCACUACGUCAAGGCCUCACUUGAGGACAACAAGGCGGAAGAUAAGGGGGUUGAAAAUGCCAUGUGUGUCUUGAGGAACCUCUCCUACCAGCUCUAUGGUGAGAUUCCUCCAUCGGCUCUGAUGCGGUUGGAAGGACCAACCAGAAGUCAGGCCUCAGGGAAGGGUGAAGCCAUUGGUUGCUUUACACCUCAGAGCAGGAAAGCCAAAAAUAGCAAGAACCAGGAUCUGUCCACUUUUACUGAGGUUGCCCGGGUGCCAAAGGGUAUGGAGUGGCUGUGGCACCCUGAGAUAGUGAGAGUGUACAGCAACGUGCUGCGUCAGUGUGAGAUCAACUCCACCACCCGCGAGGCCGCUGCUGGAGUGCUGCAGAACAUCACAGCUGGAGACAUGAGGUGGGCGUCUGUUCUGAGCCGGGUGGCUCUGGAGCAGGAGCGUAUUCUGCCGGUGCUGCUGGACAACCUGCGAACCAACAAUGAUCUGGAGCUGCGUUCUCUCACAGGCCUUCUCCGAAAUUUGUCCCGCCACUGCACAAAUAAGAAUGAUAUGGCUACCAAGGUGGUGAACCUUCUGGUGACCAAGCUCCCUGUCAACGGACGUGAGAAAGAACCCUCCAGCGAUGUGGUGAUCAACAUCUGUGGUAUUCUUAAUAACUUGGUGACCAGCAGCUCCAUAGCUGCCAGAGACAUCGCUUUCUUUGAUGGCCUGCAGAAACUGGUUGCCAUCAAAACCGAACAUGACAACAGCCCUGGAAGAGCAAAAGCAGCCAAAGCAGCAGCAACAGUUCUCAGCAACAUGUUCCAGUACAAGAAACUGCACUCCUCAUACAAACUGAAAGGGUUCACAAGACCAGAUUUCACAGACACGACUAUCUAAAACAAGGCUAAUCUAGUUCACUUCAACAAUGGUGAGCAGUCUGCACUGUAUCACCCGCAUUUGGAUUAUAUAUUCUCAGAUGUGCGGAUGUAAAUAGACUCUUUAUACUAUUCAAACAUGACACAGGUUCAAUUUAUGUCCGCCGUAAUUUGUGAUGAAAACAUGAACACACCAGUGAUGGAGGAUCUACAGGAUGGAAAAGGACUUCCUGUAUGUUUUUUAAAACUCGAUGGACAGCGCAGUUCAAGAAAUGUGGCUCCAGUACGUUCGGACUAUUGAUGGACUCACAUUUGUGCACCUUAACCAUGUACUCUUUUAUUUGUUGGAACACUGUUUGUUUUAGUGUGGAAUCAGGGAUUUCUUUUCUGCCAGAGCAACAUUUAUUCAGACAUUUGUGUUUGGACAAUCUGCUGGACACUUGUGCCUUAUCAUCUCACUGUCGCACCUCAAUUACAGCAUCAGUGCAAAUAAAUGUGGGAUUUUUGUGCAUUUUUGUAAAUAUGCUUUUCUCUUUUACAAAGAAAUCAAAUUUUUUUAUACUGUAGGUAUGAACUUUAAACAUGUAAUUUUUUUGAUAGAUAAAUGUGUUUGUUAUGUGUCAUAGUUAUAUAGUUAUAGGAGAGUUUAAACCACAGGAGAUUUAUAGAAAUUCAUCAUUUGGAUGUAAAUAAAUCUUGGGAUAAGGACUGUGCCUGCAAAGUUGACAUUUGUAUCUAAGAAAUAGGCUUUUUAAGCUUGCAAAGUCUCAGUCUGGUCUUACGAAAUGCUAAUGAGUGACGUCUAUAAUUGCUUUGUCAAGCAGAACUUGUAUUAGCACAAUUAAAUGUGUUUAUCUUUAACAUGCCAUUAUGAGUGAGGCUUGUCCUUUCUGAAAAAGAGCGUCAGUGUGAACGCUACAUUUUCUCAAUGAAUACAAUAUUUUUUUAGUGCUUGUGUGUUUUCAUACAUAACUUCUUUUCAAAUUGAGACCACAUUGAAACUUACUUUUAUUGACAAGUAUAAGAGUUUAAUUCUAUUUUAAUUCAUGCAAAAACUGUGGUUAAUUUUUUACCUAUUACUGCUCUGUGGUGUAAAUGGUGACCUAGUGUUUCUGUUUUAAUAUUUGCAUUUGUGUUGUAUGGAGGCAGAUGUAUCAUCUGGAUGUUUUUCAGCUAAUAAAGAGACAGGUUUGGAAAUGAAA